CUCAGUUCCAUGUCAGAAAGGUCAGAACAUUCCCACGCUGGCUAGGCAACCGCAUAGUAUUGCUACUGUUUAAAUAGCUGUGCAAUGGCUCUGACGGACCAGCCCGCACUUCUGCGUUCCACAUCAUCGUCGUUAUCAACUUCACCGGUUUAUGCCUAUAUUCACAAUGUCUUGAAGUCGCCCGUCGUUUGUGAAGCUAUCCCGUGCUACUUCCCAGCGUUAGCGGACCGCUUUUCUGGCGGUGCUCAGGCUCUUUGGAUCAAGGAACAUACGCUGGAACUGAGAAUAUUGACUUCUGGCCUGGGCGACGAACCUCUUUGGACUACCGUUAUAGAGCAACCCGUGUUUGGGCAGAUUAGAGCGGUGGCUGUUUGCUUCCUGAGAAAAAGUCAGCUUGCUUCAUAUGGUAGCGCGGCGUCAGCCAGCACAGACGCACGGUGUCCAUGUGAGGGCAACGAAAACGAAACAGGAGAGCCUCAUGUCGUGUGCACUUCCGAUUCCGGAUACUUGAGCAUUCUCAGGGUAGAAUGCGAUGAUGAUGGAAGGGCUCAGUUUGUCGCUGUGCAGCAGAUUGCACUUGACAAACCUGGUUUAGAUUCUACUGAGCUGGGGCACGCCAUUGCUGUAGAUCCUCUUUCGCGAGCACUUGCUGUAUCCGCUUUGGAACAAAAAGUCAAGAUCUAUGACUUGUCCGAUGGGACCGGGAGCAUAGCAGAGGCGCAGUUUGUGAUAGUGGAAGAGACGGGCAUAAUAUGGCGCAUCGCCUUCGUUCAGCCUGACUCAGCCACCGACCUUGUCCGGCUUGUCAUCGUGAAAACAUCGAACGGCGCGCUAUCGGUCGUUAUCACUGAGUAUGAUGCGACAAAGUCGUUCGCGAGCAUGCGACGAUGGGCUGAACAUGUGGUUGCGCAAGAUGCUGUGCCGCUGGAAGUGCUCGCUCUUAGAAGUCUUCCGAACUCUUUAAUCAUCAUAACGGACUCCAGCAUGCACUUCGUACGAAUAGGAUCCACUCGCCUCGAGCUAGUUGAUCUUCCUCCCCUUCGAAUCUCCCAAGACACUCCUGUUCACCAAACCCCAAUAGCAGCCACACGCACAUGUUCCCACCCGCUCGCAAGUGCAGACACAAUCUUCGUCGCCACAGAGGAGGAACAUCUCUUCCGAUUGGACUUCGCUGCCGGGGAGAAAGAGGUUUCGAUUCGCCAUGUCGAGCAUGUGAAGUUUAGUGUACGAGCCAUGGCGGCGUUUCCGAUGUUGGAUGACGCGAGUGGAGAUGGCUCGACGUGGGUGGCUAUGUUUGGAGAUAUGUGCGAUGGAGUGACGCUUGCGCUGGACGCAAACUCAACUCCUAUCUCCGAGUCCACCAUCCCGAACUGGGCACCUAUCGUCGACUUCAAGCUGGUCGAUAUCCACCGAGAAGGACACGACUCCCUGCUGCUCACCAGCGGUCGGCUGAAUCACAGCCCCAGACCGGCGGGCAGUAUCAGGGAGAUCAGGAACGGGAUUGCGGUGAACGUGCAUGCGUCUGUUGAAGAUGGGGCUGUGGGUGCUUCCGCUCUUUGGGGACUCAAGCGGGGUGUUGAUUCCAAAGAAGAUACCUUCAUUGUGAUCUCAUUUGUGGACGAAACCAGAGUAAUGGCUUUGCAAGACGGCGAGCUCGAGGACAUAAGCGCUAUAAGCGGUUUCGAUACAUCCUUCCCCACCCUAUGUGCCUCAGCCCUGUCCCUCGGAAAAGACACCCUGCACGCCCAAAUACAUUCGCACGGGGUCGUUAUCUCGAACUUAUCCGACUGCAUUGAUAAGCCGUCUGAACCCGUGCGAAAGUUGGCGUGGGAACCACCACCUGAGGAUUCGAAUGUGGCGGACGAAGGUCAUACGCGUGCGAGACUGCUGUUUGGGGGCGCAGUGAGCGACUUGCUGGUAGUCUGCACGGCGAAGAUGGUGUAUUGUCUGCAGGUUGUAAGGCAAUCCUUCACCGGGUUCCUCCCCGAUAUCAACAUCCGGCGAGUCGCGCAAGUGGAUCUCUCAAUAGCGGGAAUCACCCCAUCCUGUCUCUACACAUUCUCCUUACCAACCCUCGCUCCCGACGAUGUUCCAUCUUCCAUCCCUCCCGCCCCAAGACGUUUCUGCGCAAUCGGAACAUUCUCCCCAUCAAUACUCCUCCUGUCGCUCAACUCUGACCACGGCAGUGAAGCACUAAGUGUCGCAGCCCACGUCUCGUUAGACAAUCUCGGCGCAGAGGGAAGUAUUUGUAUACCCCAAUCCUUCGCAGUCGUCAGAGAUUCCGACUCGGCACACGAAAAUCCAGGCAGUUUGUUCCUAGCGGGGUUGCGAGACGGGACACUCGUGUCCUUCCGAAUAGUCUCGGAAGCCAGCGGAGGAAUCUCGCUUACGCAGGCUAAGGCUCGACGGCUUGGAUACUUCCCGGUCCAGCUAGUGACGGAUACGAGGGACGCGGCGGAUUUUGCGCUUGCGUUGGCUGAUACGCCGUGGAAGGUGUCGGUGGGGGAGUUGGGGGAGACGAAGUUGGAGAGUUUGUCGUGUCCUAGGAUCAUACACGCCACUCCGUUCAACUUCCCCAACAUCGCACAUGGCUACAUGACAUUGUCCAAGAACAGCAUGCAGUUCAUCGAACUGGACACGCAGAAGCGGAUCAAUAUGCGGGCCGCGGAAGUCGAUCAGAUUCCGCGACGCAUCUUGUACGAUGAGGUGACGCGAAAAGCGGUGGUUGCCGUUUCGUCACCGGGCAAUAGUCGGAAUCCUCGGUCGGAGAUCAUAGUUAUGGAUUCAUUGAGCGGAAAGGUUUACGUCAAGGAGAAGCUCCAACCCAACGAAGUCGUUUACGCUUUGACAUCUUGGAACGUAAAAGAAGGCAAACGCUACAUCUGCGUCGGCACAUGGGGCUACAUUCCACCCUCACCGCCCUCGCCAGACCCAAAUGCCACUCCAGAACGCAAAGGCCGAGUUCUAGUAUACAAUCUCAAAGCGUAUGAGAAGAAAGACCGAGAUCGCGAUACCUCAAUGGAGAUUGAUGAUUUAGAUGUGAGGAGGAGGCCGACGCCGGAGAAAAAGUCGGUUAUGUAUAAGAUGAAGCGACUUGGGGAAAUGUUCCUCAAGGGACCAGUGCAUGCGAUUUCUCCAUUCGUGAACAGCUACCUACUGGCCUCCGCAGGCGAUGUGUUCUACCAACUCAAGAUCGAUGCACAUACGAGAAAGCUAGUUGUUCGCACAACGGUACAAUGUCGAUGGCCUAUCCAAAGCAUUGGUGUAUAUGGCACCCGCGUGGUCAUGGGAGGGCAGCGCGAGUCAGUUUCGUAUUGGGACUAUGACCUUGCUACGAAGAAGUUUACGUUUCUGAAAAGUGAUCGGUAUUCCCGUCCCAUCGCCGACUGUCUCCCCUUCUCCGACUCUCUCACAAUGGCAACCGACAAGUGCGGCACGCUUGUCUGCUUCUCCUCUGGCUCAAAUUCAGCAGCGACGGAGCGCACCCUGGAUACCGUCUUCAGCUUCUACCUCGGUGAAACGAUCCCGAAGCUCCAUAUGGGUUCCCUGAGCAAGGAUCUGACGUCUCAUCAGUCAAGGGCUGUCGCUUCGGCAGUAGGCUCCUCGUCUCUAUACCCUUCUGCGAAGCCGCCUAUCGAAGGUGUACCGCCUGCCGAAUCGGUUCGCUGGCCAGGCACGGCCGAUGACGACGUUAUCUCAAUACUGUGGCAUUCCGCAUCCGAAGGUCCAUCGUCUUCAGUCGGGACAAGCACAGUGUCUCUACCAGACGCGAGCAAAGCAGAUUUCUCGAAACCUGUUCGCUAUUACCAAUCGGCGUCACGCUCAGUAUCGCAAUAUGAGGCAAAGUUGCACAGCUCGGCCGAAGUUCUGUAUGGAUGCUCGGUACUAGGAAGCGUAUUUGCGAUCGCUCGAAUCGAGAAGGAUGCGUAUCGCAAAUUGAAGACUUUGGAGGAAGUUCUGGCGCAGAUUGAAGCGACUAAACCGUUGCUCGGCAACGACCAUUCGCGGUACCGCGCUCAAGGCCCCGAUCAACCCACCUUUUCCGUCAAAGCAACGCCGAGCGGCCCAGCUCCCCUCGUCCCCAUCACAUCAACAAAACCGCACUCGACAACCAACGUAAUCGACGGAAUCCUCAUCUCCCAGUUUCUAUUACUCUCCCGUCAAUCUCAAUCCGCCAUCAUGGACCUCUGGAACGAGCGGUGGGCAGAACUGAACCCGAUUAUGAUGCUGCAAGGUGAAGCGACUGCUCAGUUUGGUGUUGACGACAUGCUGAGGUUGAUUCGCGGCGUGCAGCGUGUUUGCUGCUGAUGCGGUCCAUACUCCGGGUGUAUAUGCGUGGUGUAUCGUCUCGAUUGCUUCGGAUAGCUUCGUCUAGCAGGAGCAAGAUGUAAUUAGCGAGUUUUUGGCAAUGAAAUGAUGUAGAUACCGCAUGGAAAGAUAACGGACAUGGGUCCUCAAGCGUGCCACCGUUUCGUUCAGUGAGAUGGAAAGAUGGAACGCACAGAAAAUGUGACAGAUCGCGCUGUCGUAUUCUGUCAAGGCCGGGAUUUAACGCGAUUAAGGGAAUCCGAGCAUUUCACGCAUCCUCGAAGUUAGAAUGGCUACGUUUUGAAUCGAGGCUUUUUGCCUCUCAAUGGAGGGCAGCGAACCCUCUGGUUCAAU